GGCAUUGGAAAAGAAAAUACGCAAAUAUGAAUGCUGGCAGAAAAUCGGGUUCAUCGCGAGAUCAAGAAUGGAACAACAACGCCCGGAAAUCAGCCUAGCUGAUCCUAUUGAAGAAAUUCGACCAGUCGAAAAGAAUCAUGAUACUACGGCUUCAGAAACCAUCGUCAAUGAUGAGAUUCCUCAUAAUUGGCAUUCGCAUGUCAGGCGCCGUCUCGCGGGCUACAUGAAACGAUUCGAGAAGCAGCUUCUCGAGUACAAUAUCGAAGCUCGCGGUAUUCAACGUGUCGAGGAGCAGGAGCGCCAUGCCCUGACCUGGAUGACCUAUCUGCAGGUUUUCCUGCUGUGGGUUUCUAUCAACCUUGCUGCGAACAAUAUCACUCUUGGCAUGCUUGGUCCGGCCGUCUAUGGGCUUAGCUUUCUUGACUCGUCUCUAUGCUCCAUCUUUGGUGCCUUUGUGGGCUCUCUAGCUGCUGCAUGGUCUGCUACCUGGGGCCCGAUAUCUGGAAACCGGACUUUGGUUUUUGGCCGUUAUGCAAUGGGAUGGUGGCCUAGCAAAAUCAUUGUCUUGCUAAACAUUGUUCAAAUGAUCGGAUAUGGUUUAAUUGACUGCGUAGUCGGCGGCCAGAUUCUAUCGGCAGUCUCGCCGAAUUACCACAUGUCGGUAGCAGUUGGCAUUGUCGUCGUUGCCGUCAUCACCUGGUUUAUCGCCACAUUCGGAAUCAAAUUCUUCCACUACUAUGAACGCUACGCAUUCCUUCCCCAAGUGAUCGUAGUAUGCAUCCUUUACGGCGUCUCUGCAAAGAAAUAUGAUCUCGAGACUCCAUCUGCGGGAGACAGCUUAACAGUUACCGGUAACAGGCUCAGCUUCUUCUCCAUCUGUCUCAGUGCAGCUAUCACAUAUGCUCCUCUUGCCGCCGACUUUUUCGUGUACUAUCCACCCGCCACUCCCAAGGUAGUCAGCUUCGGCUUAACUUUCAUCGGGCUGAUUCUAUCUUUCACCAUGGCUUUUGUCGUCGGCAUCGGUCUGGCCAGUGGUAUUGCUACCGACACCGCAUAUUCAGAUGCCUACAACGCCGGUGCUGGUGCCCUAAUUGUCGAGGGAUUCAGUCCCGUCGGUGGAUUUGGCAAAUUCUGCUCUGUCUUGGUGGCGCUGGGAUUGAUUUCUAACACCAUUCCACCCACAUACUCUUCCGGUAUUGAUUUUCAAAUUCUUGGCCGUUACGCCGAAAUGGUACCUCGAAUUGUAUGGAACACCAUCGCAGUAAUAAUCUAUACCGUCUGCGCUCUAGCCGGUCAGGGUCAUCUUUCAGAAAUCUUCACCAAUUUCUUAGCUCUGAUGGGCUACUGGGUCGCGAUCUGGUUUGCCAUCCUGCUCGAAGAAAGAUACAUCUUCCGUCGUCAGACCGGAUAUAACUGGGCCGCGUGGGAUGAUCCAAGUAAAUUGCCCAUUGGUCUUGCCGCAUUUACGGCAUUCUUGGUCGGUUGGGCAGGUGCCGUCAUUUGUAUGGCUCAAGUCUGGUAUAUUGGACCGCUGGCUAAAUUGGUUGGCGAUUACGGCGCUGAUGUAUGUUUCGUUCUACCACUAUGUCUUCAUCGUAUACUAACGUUCUUGUUUAGAUGGGUAACUAUGUUGGCUUCUCGUGGGCGGCUUUGGUCUAUCCUCCUCUCCGAUACCUCGAACUUCGGUAUUUUGGAAGGUAGAUGGUGAAAAUUGCUCUGGAGGGCGAAGAAAUGUGUCAAGAUGGCGCCUUUCUCGCCGUUGGUCGCAAUAUCGAGACCGGUCAAACUAUACCAACUAUUUUGGUAGCACAUAUACCAUAUGUCUAUAAUAGUUAUCAAUCCGCUAGAGAUCAUAUAUCUCCAACCUAUUCAAGCAGCUUAAGAAUAUUGAGUUGAAUAAUAGAACAUGAAUUAUAAUCA